AUGCUCCGAUUGUGCUUGGCGCUGCCACGCUUGGCCCGGGGUCUCAUGCCUGGCCCGAAGCGCCCGCGCCCGCCCCGCAUUGGCACCCACGGGGGCACCUUCCACUGCGACGAGGCGCUCGCUUGCUUCCUCCUGCGCCUGCUUCCUUCUUAUCAGGAUGCAGAGAUUGUCCGGACACGGGAUCCAAAGCUACUCUCAGAGUGUGAUGUGGUGGUGGACGUUGGAGGCGAAUAUGACCCCCAGAAGCAUCGUUACGACCAUCACCAGAGAUCGUUCGGAGAGUCGAUGCACAGCCUGAAUGUGGAUAAACCUUGGGAGACCAAGCUGAGCAGCGCAGGACUGGUGUAUUUCCAUUUCGGCUCCCAGAUUCUGGCCACCCGGUUGGGCCUAAAUGAAGAGGAUCCUGUCCUGCGUGUACUGUAUGACAAGUUGUAUGAGAACUUUGUGGAGGAGAUUGACGCAAUAGACAACGGUAUCUCCCAAUGGGAUGGAGAACCCCGAUACGCGAUGACCAGCAAUGUGAGUGCAAGGGUGGGCUAUCUGAACCCCCGAUGGAAUGACAAAGAUCAAGAUACUGAGGCUGGAUUCCAGAAGGCCAUGGAGUUGGUGGGCAGUGAAUUCCUGGACCGGCUUGAUUUCUAUCACCAUGGCUGGCUGCCGGCACGUGCCCUUGUGGAAGAAGCCAUCCGGCAGCGCUUUGAGGUCGACCCCAGUGGUGAGAUCUUGGUGCUGGCACAAGGUGGUUGUCCAUGGAAGGAACAUCUUUUCAGCCUAGAGCAAGAGCUGGGCAUAAAGCAGCUGCUCAAAUUCGUCUUGUACACAGAUCUCAAUGGCAAGUGGCGGGUGCAGUGUGUCCCUGACAGGCUUCACACUUUCCAGAACCGGUUGUCGCUUCUGGAGGAGUGGCGCGGCUUGCGCGAUGAGGAGCUCUCCCAACUCAGCGGGAUCCCCGAUUGCAUCUUCGUGCACUCCAGCGGCUUUAUCGGUGGAAACCACACCAAGGAAGGCGCACUGGAAAUGGCCCGGAAGACAUUGGCACAGCGGACUGAAACCGAUGCGCACAGCUCCUAAGGAACUGAAUACCAUAUAACUGGACUUGUGGAGGAAUUAUGUGCUAGGUGGCCAUCCUUAUAAACAUUUUUUUUA